GUCCAAGGGAUGCAUGUUUCUGCAUGACAUUCCUGUAGGGGGACUGCAGAGUCAUGACAGAAUGAGCAGUGAGUAGGUGGAAUUUUCCGGCUUCAUUUUGAAAUCCUUGGCAGCUAUAACCCAGCCCCGCCUACCUUGUGUGGUUGGUAGAAAAUAAAAACACUGAAGGCUCUUGAUUAGGAAAAGGGAGAGGGGUGAGGGUGAGACUAAACCAGGACCGUGGCCAGUGAUGGACCUCACGCCGAGUAGUUCCGUGAAACUGAGUGAUGGGCACUUCAUGCCAAUGCUGGGAUUUGGCACGUAUGCUCCUGAUACGGUUCCUAAAAGCAAGGCUUUAGAAGCCACCAAAGUGGCUAUUGAUGUAGGCUUCCGUCACAUUGAUUCCGCGUUCAUGUAUCUGAAUGAGGAGGAAGUGGGACAGGCCAUUCGGGAGAAGAUCGCUGAUGGUACUGUGAAGAGAGAGGACAUAUUCUACACUUCCAAGCUUUGGGGUACUUUCCUUCGACCUGACUUGGUUCGACCAGCCCUGGAAAUCUCAUUGAAGAAACUUCAACUAGAUUAUGUAGAUCUCUAUAUUAUUCAUACACCAGUUGCUCUGAAGCCUGGGGAAGAGCUUCUGCCAAAGGAUGCCAGUGGAAAAGUUGUGACAGAGACAGUGGACCUGCUUGGCACAUGGGAGGCCCUGGAGAAGUGUAAAGAUGCAGGUUUAACCAAGUCCAUCGGGGUUUCCAAUUUCAAUCACAAACAGCUGGAGAUGAUCCUGAACAAGCCAGGGCUCAAGCACAAGCCAGUGUGCAACCAGGUGGAGUGUCAUCCUUAUCUCAACCAGAGCAAGCUGCUGGAGUUCUGCAAGUCCAAGGACAUUGUUCUAGUUGCCUACAGUGCCUUGGGGUCCCAUAGAGACCCAAAAUGGGUGCAACAGAACAGUCCACAAACACUGCAGGAUCCUGUCCUGACUGCCAUUGCCAAGAAACAUAAUCGCACCACAGCCCAGGUAGCCCUGCGCUACCAGCUUCAGCGGGGGGUGGUCGUGCUGGCCAAGAGCUUCAAUGAGAAGAGAAUCAAAGAGAAUUCGCAGAUUUUUGACUUUAAACUGACUCCAGAAGACAUGAAGGCAAUUGAUGGCAUCAACAGAAAUUUUCGAUAUAUUGAUUUUCGUUUUGCUAUUGAUCAUCCUUCCUACCCAUUUUUGGAAGAAUACUGAGCACGAGUUGUCCAUCGCGAGUACUACCAGAGUUUCUUGAUUUUAGAGGUGUGGAGACGACUUCUCUAAGGGGAGGGGGGUUAGUGGUGGAGGGGUGAUUGAAACCAGUGUCUGUAGUUUGCAGGCUGUUUGCCUUUUCUGUUUUUUCUUAUUAUGAAAUAAUAAAGACUUCAAAACAAAGAUGUUUCUUUUUCCUAAUUAUAAAAA